AAUUGGAAUGACUAUAAACUUCGUUGGGAUCCAAAAGAGUACAGCAAGAUUCAGGAUAUUCGUAUUCCUGGAACUGCGAUUGCAAUUUGGAAACCGGAUGUGCUUCUUUAUAACAGUGCUGAUGAGAACUUCGAUUCGACCUACCCAGUCAAUUACAUAAUCGGUUACAAUGGUGACGUAAUGCAAGUACCACUAGGAAUCAUGAAACUCUCAUGUAAAAUCGAUAUCACAUGGUUUCCAUUCGACGACCAAAUGUGUCAUCAGAAGGUAGUGUUUGCAUCAAUGCAACCAUCAAAUCAAUCAUCACUAAUCUACAGUUGUAAUUAUAAUGUGCCGUUAUUCAUUGCAGCAACACCUGCACAUGUGGAACGUACCGAAUUCGGCAGUGAGCCUUACUGUGCCAUUUUUUUUCUUUAUCAUUCAACGACGAACAUUUUACUAUGGUCUCAACUUAAUCAUACCCUCUUUGUUGAUCUCACUUAUGACGUUCUUGGCUUCACACUAACGCCUGAUGCUGGCGAAAAGAUCACACUUGAUUACAGGAAAUCAAAAGUAACGUCAAAACCGAUGCAACAGCUUAUGGAGUGGGAUGGUGAAGGCGUCGCAGUUCGAGGUACACCGAUAUCAGUGAAUACAAAAGAUCAUAUGUCAUCAUCACUGAGAACAACUGGUAUUGGUGAUGGAUCAAUAACUGGUCAGAGUUGUUGUAAUCGGCAUUUGAAUGGUGGAAUUUGUUUUAUUUUGCAUAAAGGCAUUCAGAAAGUUUACCUUCAACUAGGUGAUAUUGCUGAACAUAUGAAAGCGAUGCGAAAACGAAUGGAAGAGGAUGAACGUGUUAGUGUUUAUGAUUUGAUAGUAACAAGUUUUUAUUACGCAUAG